GGGGCGGAGCGGCGCGGGCGCUUCAUAGGCGGCGUGCGAGCGGCGGCCCCGCCCUGUCCAGCCAUGGACUACGCGGGGCUCGCCGAGGCGACUGCCGAGAAGAUGUGGCUGUACCGGCGGGACCCGGACGGCUGGCAGAGCUGCCGCCGCACGGGCGAGGUCGCGGUGUCCUGGAGGCCGUCCGCCGAGUUCGCCGGCAACGUGUACCGCGCCGAUGGCACCGUGCCCGCCCGCCCGCAGCACGUCUGGGAAUGCAUCAAGCCGGUGGCCGGCGGGCUCAGGACCAAGUGGGACCAGAACGUGAAGGACUUCGAGGUGGUGGAGACUGUCAGCGAUACUGUCUCUGUAUGCAGAACCACAACCUCUUCGGCUUUCAUGAAGAUUAUUUCACCAAGAGAAUUUGUGGAUGUGGUCUUAAUGAGGGAAUAUGAGGAUGGGACGAUGCUGUCUGCUGCUACCAAUGUGGAACACCCACUGUGUCCCCCUCAACCAAAUUUUGUGAGAGGGUAUAAUUAUCCCUGUGGCUGCUUCUGCAUACCUCUUCCAGGGGAACCAGACAAGACUCAACUCCUCAGUUUCUUUCAGACCGAUCCCGGUGGCUAUCUUCCCCGGACAGUCGUGGAUUCCUUCAUUCCAGCUAGCAUAACUGAAUUUUACAGCAAUCUGACCAAAGCUGUUAAGACAUUAACAGCAUGAUGAGACCAAACGCUGACAUCACCAGCUGAGGGCAGGAAAUGAACUGGCAGUUUGAGGGUAACAAUCAUGGGAAAUAGGAAUUUGGCCUGUAACACUUUUCUGCUGGCAAAGAUUCUUGGUAAACAUGAAAUUAUUCAAAGUAAUGCAUACUUUUCUAAUAGGAUAUCCUUCAUUUCCAUAAUUAGAAGAAUGUCACACCAGAGGCAAGAAGAAUCCUGCAGGCAGCACUGCUGGCUGACUGAGGGAGAAGAUGGAUAUACUAGAUCUGUUCAUCAGAGUCUAUGAUUAUAGCAUUGCUAAAAUCCACUCUACCAGCAUUAGUCAGGUGCAGCUGAGCCCUGUUUCAUCUCUGAAGCUCUGUGUAGACUCCCAGGGAACAGUGUUCCUUCCCCAGAUGAAGAGGUGGCUCUUCUGGUGCCAGCCCUCACAGAGCUGCUAAGAUGUUUCAAAAAAAUCAGAAUGAAUUGGAUCGCGUGUAGGAUCCCACUUGCUUGUUCCCACGGACGUAGAUGUUUGUGGUAAAUAUGGCUUAAGUGCUGCUUUUCCUAAAUCAAAGUCUAGCAGUGCAAAUCAAUUUAUAGGUCUGUGGGUUGGACUGUAGACGCUUUUUUCCUUCCCCUCUAUACCAAGACCAGUCAUUUCCACAGUGUCAAACCAAGCUGCACUGACAGAGUGGCAAUAAAUAAAGGGGAUUAAGCACUUUACUUGCCAUUUUUUUAAACUGCACUUGAAAUACUCAGGUAUUUCAAACACUUUUCAAUUUCUUGUAGUGAGUGAUCUUAACGGGUAAAUCAUCUUUUCUGUAGCUCAGUCAUGACUUGGCAGGCCAUAAGGACAUUUCUCUGUCUAAGACUGACUUACCUCACAGCACUAUCUUGGGAAAUCAGCUCCUGGUCAAGCGUGUAGUGAUGUGCACAGCUUUUAAAAACAUUUAUGGUGCUGGUUACCGCAGGAAUGUCAGACAUUGCUAUGGGUUACACAGAAUUACAAAAGGAAAAUUAAUCACUGUAUUAGCAAUUUAAAUGUGGGUUGUGAUUUUAAUGCUGUAACUUGAUUAUUUAACAAAGUUAAUAUGCGCUGCUUUUCAUGCCUGGAUUUGUUCGAUGUUGGUAUGGGGCAUAGAUUUGUAUACAAAGGUUUUCACUGUAGUUGUCACCCUGUGGAAUAGUUUUUUUUAAGGAAGCAGUUUUUAAUUCAGUCCCUUUUGUGUACAAAGAUGUAAAAACUUCUAUGAGGGUGACGAAAUAAAUAUUUUUCUGCUAUA